CGCCUCCCGCCGCCGCCGCCUGGGGCCAUGGCGGCGCUGGUGCUGGUGGUGCUGGCGGCGCUGGGCGGGCGGGCCGUGCUGCCGGGCGGGCAGUGCGCGGCGCCGCUGGCCGACCUGCGCUCGCAGAUCUCGGGCGUGGAGUCGCUGCUGGAGGAGUUUCGCCGGCAGCUGCAGCAGGAGGAGCCGGGCCCCGCGGCGGCGGCGGCGGCGGGCGGCGGGGAGCAGUGCCGCGGCAGCAGCAGCUUCUCCGCCAGGCCCGACUCCAUCAUCCGCACCAAGGACUCCAUCGCGGCCGGCGCCACCUUCCUGCGGGCCCCGGCCGCCGUGGCGGGCUGGCGGCAGUGCCUGGACGCCUGCUGCGCCGAGCCGCGCUGCACGCUGGCCGUGGUGCAGGGGCCCGGGCGGCCGCGGGAGGCGGCGGAGCUGAGCUGCUACCUCUUCAACUGCACGCACCGCGGCCGCGCCGUCUGCCGCUUCGCCCCGCACCGCGGCUACAGCACCUACAGCCGCCGGCCCGCCGCCCUCGGCCCGCCGCCGCCCGCCGCCGCCGCCGCCCGCGCGGGGCCGCCGCCGCCCGCGCGCGGCCUCGGCCUCGGCCCGCCCGCCGCGCCGCCGGAAUAUGAUGAUCCUCCGCAGUGCAAGGCAGGACAAGAUACUGUGCUGCAGUCACCUGUCGACUGGGUGCUUCUGGAUGGCCGAGAAAGUUCAGAUGACCAUGGAAUUGUGCAGUAUGAGUGGACUUUGCUGCAAGGUGACUCAGCUAUUGAAAUGAAGGUACCACAACCAGGAACACUGAAGCUGUCUCACUUUAAGGAAGGUGUAUAUAUUUUCCAGCUAACUGUGAUGGACACUGCUGGACAGCGGAGCUCUGAUAAUGUCUCUGUGACCGUUCUUCCCAUGGUUCAUUCUGCAGUAGCUUGUGUUGGGGUUUGCUCUCGCUACCAGUUUAUCUGUGAUGAUGGCUGCUGCAUUGACAUCACAUUUGCUUGUGAUGGAGUGAAACAGUGCCCUGAUGGAUCUGAUGAAACUUUCUGCCAGAACCUCAGCCCAGGCCGGAAGACAGUGACUCAUGCAGCAAUUGGCACUACCCAGCAAAGGACUGUAGGACUGACUGAAAAUGCAUAUGAAAACUUUUCUACAGACAACACCAUGAAAACUACUGUAAGAAAUCAACCGCUUCUUUCACUGGAUGCAGACACGUCUAAUCAAUCGCUUUCUCAGGGACCAAAGAAACAAAUUAGUGGAUUUGUGCCAGAUAACAGUUCCUCAGGGAAAAGAACAGAUGAUAAACAUGGAAAUGGCAUAACUGUGCCAAAGAGAGAUCAGCUUGGAGGUAGUCGUCCAGUCCCAGAAACAGGUGCUGUAUUACCCUUGGCCUUAGGCUUGGCCAUCACUGCUUUACUGCUGCUUAUGGUUGCUUGCAGACUGCGUUUAGUGAGACAGAAGCUUAAAAAAGCUCGACCCAUUACAUCUGAAGAGUCUGAUUACCUCAUCAAUGGGAUGUAUCUCUGAAAAUUGGAUUUAGUUUGCUUAUUUUCUUCCUUUUCUUCUGUAUCCAUAAACCUCUGCCUCCAAAAAAAGGACCAAAAUCUUUAGUUAAGUUUCAAAUUUAGAAGAAGCCUACAAGAUAAGAAACAUGUUCUUCCCCUUUGGUGAUACACGCAUGGUCAGAAAAUAAGUGCUGUUCAGGCUCCAGUUGACUGUGUAGCAGACACUGCAAGGUGGAGAAACCUCCUUAGACGGGGAGCACCUGAGCAAACCCCACGGAGGCUGGGGCCCUGGCAACUACAGCACAUGCCCAAGGGCUUGAAGGGUGAAGCAGCCAGGCCCAUCAGCACCAAGUUGCACUGGCAGAGCUGCAGAGGGAAGCCCAUCGGCCCCCUGCCUUGCUCCUCUCCGUGCUGCCUCCCCUGUGCUCUGCUCUGUGCACAACAACACUCUAGAGCAAUGUGUUCCUUUACUGUCCAGCAAAGACUGAUUUGUGUCAGUUCCACGUGAUACACUGGGAAUAUUUUCAUUAAAGGGUUUUGUUUUGCUUUUUUAAUUAAAAGCAAUCAUUACUUAAGCACCAGCUUUUGUAACAGAAUUUGAAAUGUAAGAAAUAAAACAAACCUCCUUUUUUCAUUCAAAUUUUAAACAUCUGUGCAGCUAACAGUCACACAUACUAAAUGCCAAAAUGAAAAACACAAGUACUCAGAAGAUGGGUUUGCACUUACCCAGUGCUGAGGACUUACCCAGUGUUGACAACAGUUAUGUCUGAUUCUAGAGCUAUGUCUGUCCCAGAGCUCAUGGCUUGUUCAGCUUUUUCCAUCCAUAGCUCAACACACUCCACAUUGUGGAGGAGCAGCAGGCAGUGCCUUUUGUCUGAGGGACUGGCCAAACCUUGGUAGCAGAGACAGGCUUUGGUCUGUUGGAGAUAAAAAGAAUGAAGUUAGCACUAGCCAAAUUGAUGCAGUCAGCGCGACCUGACCUGCCACCACGGGUUGGGUACUCAGGAUUACACGCUCCGUGCAGUGCAGUUAAAGCCCUGUCCUGCUUUCCCCAGGAGUUUAGGAUUCAUACUGGUUUACCCUUAGUUCCCUCCAAAGCCUGGAUGCUUCAGCAACUUGCCCCCCCCCCCCCCAGUAAAAUUUUCAUAGAAUUGUAGCAAGUAAUUGAUAUACGUGAGUGAACUUCAGACGUGUUAACAGUUAAAAUAUGUACAGUACAUGUUAUAUAUACAUAUAUAUAUAUGUACACACCGUGCUGUCUAUCUUGUUUGACUGUCCAAGGAUGUCACAUUCAUCAAAGGUCCCAGUUAAAAAAAAAAAAAAAAAAGAGCGGAUGAGGCAUGCAUCUUUUUGUAUGUCGUCUUUUGUACUUCGGUAACUUCAAGUUAACUAGACUAUUGCCAUGGUAUACAAAUAGUUCUUCAAACAAACUUGCUCGGUCUUGAUUACUUUAUGUAAAAUAGCUCUAA